GUGUUAUUUCUACAAUGACGUUGCUCUGUCUCUAUUAGCCUGUUCUGCUGGGCGCUUCUCACUUUCCGUUCAGAGAGCCGCUUUUCUAAACUCAGCCCCGGGAAACCAUGGCCGAGCAGGCCUCGGGAUCCACCCGGCCGCCUCAACCUGACGGAGUUCUGGAGCAAGAGCAAGAGCAGGAUCGAACCGACUUCCUGAAGCUCAAACAACAGCUGGAGAUGGAGUUUAACCAGAAGCGGGCCAAGUUUAAGGAACUUUAUCUGUCUAAAGAAGAGGAGCUGAAGAAGCAGACCGCUAUACUGGAGAAGGCCCAGGCAGACGUGAGCAAGAUGCAGGACCAGCUGGCCGAAGCUAAAGCGGAGAUGGAGACCAUUAAAGCGGUGGCCACCGUCUCUGAGAGCACGAAGCAGGAAGCCAUCGACCAGGUCAAGCAGCAGUGGCAGGAGGAGGUGGCCUCACUGCAGGCUAUUAUGAAAGAUGCAGAGCGGGAAUUUAAGUUGCAGUUCCAGCAGAAGUUGGAGCAGGACCGCGCUCAGUGGACACAGUACCGCGAUGGGAUGGAGCGAGAGGUGGCUGACCUACGCCGCCGUCUUACUGAGGGACAGGAGGAGGAGAAUUUAGAGAACGAGAUGAAGAAGGCUCAGGAGGACGCAGAGAAGUUACGUUCAGUGGUGAUGCCAAUGGAGAGCGAGAUCGCAGCUCUGAAGGCCAAACUGUCAAGCUCAGAAGAUCGAGUUAAGGAACUUGAGGCUGCCAAGGUGAAGGAACUCAAUCACGUCCUGGAGGCUGAGAAAUCAUGCCGUACAGACUUAGAGAUGUAUGUUGCUGUCCUCAACACCCAGAAAUCUGUCCUUCAAGAGGAUGCAGAGAAACUUCGGAAAGAACUCCAUGAAGUGGUUCACCUGCUGGAGUUGGAGCGGCAGCAGCACAAUCAGCUGAAACACACUUGGCAGCGUGCCAACGAUCAGUUCCUGGAGUCACAGCGGCUUCUGAUGCAAGACAUGCAGCGCAUUGAGAGCGUGCUGUCCUCCGAGCAGCUGCGGCAGGUGGAGGAGAUGAAGAAGAGGGACCAGGAGGAGGAUGAGAAAGAGCGAUUGAGUCAGGCUAAAGAGGCAAGUGAGGAUGAUGGGACGGAGCAUGCAGACGCAGUGGAGGACUCUCUGCUCGGACUCUCUAUAGAAGAGUCCCACCUCAGCCACAGUAUCCACAGCUCUUUGCACUCUCUGGACGCAGACACCCCGGGCCGCCCGGACGGCUCUGACCCUUAUAAAGACGGGCUUCGGAGGGUUCAGUCCACAGACAGUCUUGGUUCUUCAGGAGGGACCUUACAGCCUCACGGUCUGGGCGGACACAACAACAAGGCCAAGUCCGCCAGCCAGCUGGACGAGUCAGACUUUGGUCCUCUAGUGGGGGCAGACUGUGUGGGCUUUGACAGCAUGGACAACUCCUCCUUAUCAUCCCUCCACCCGGGACACUUCCUCCUCACCAAGGACCAGGAGAAGGCCAUUAAGGCCAUGACCCCAGAGCAGGAGGAGACCGCAUCACUCCUGUCCAGCAUCUCUCAUAUGACCGAUACGGCUUACCUGCCUCCGACUGGCUACCGAAUGGUCAGCGAGAGCGAGUGGAAUCUGCUCCAGCAAGAGUUGAAGAACGCUGGAAGGAAGUUGGGGCGCCGAUGUGAUAUGUGCUCUAAUUAUGAGAAACAGCUGCAGGUCAUGCAGGGACAAGAGGCCGAGACGAGAGAACAGGUUAAAAAGCUUCAGGUCAUGUUGCGGCAGGCGAACGAUCAGCUGGAACGGGCGAUGAGCGAGAGGCAGGAGUUAGAGGACUCUAUCAAACAGGCCAAUGAGGAAACUACUGCCAAGAUCUUAGAGUUGAAGCAGAAGGUUCAGGAGUCUGAGUCUCUCGUAAGCGCUCUCCAACAGGCCUUCAGCCAGGCCAAGAGGAACACCCAGGAACAGAUGGCUGUGCUGCUACAGUCCAGGGAGCAGGUGACUGAAGAGCUGAACAGACUGCAGAAAGAUAAUGAGAGUCUUCAGGGUAAACACAGACUUCACAUGACGCUGCAGCAGCAAGAGGACUUUCACAUGCCGACCACUGUACAGGAACUUCAGAAGCUGGUGUUGCAGUACAGGGAGGACGUUGUUUCUGCAUGCACAGCGGCGGAGCAUUUGGAGGAGAAGCUGAAGGCUGAAAUUCUGUUCCUGAAGGAGCAGAUUCAGGCAGAGCAGUGUCUGAAAGAAAACCUAGAGGACACACUACAGCUGGAGAUAGAGGGCUGUAAAGAAGAGAUCGCAUCUUUUUCCAGCUUGAAAACGGAACUGGAACGAGUGAAGAGUGAGAAGGAACAGCUGGAGAGCAGCUUGGCAGAGAAGAGACAGAUGCUGGAGAACGUCCAGGGCCUGAAGAACGGUCUGGAGGAACGGUUGAAAGAUGCCCUCAGCAGCAAGAGUGCUUUGGAGACUCAGGCAUUUGAAGAGAAAGACAAGGCACAGAGACUUCAGACAGAGCUGGACGUCAGCGAGCAGGUCCAGAGAGAUUUCGUCAAGCUGUCCCAGACCCUUCAGGUGCAACUGGAGCGUAUCCGGCAAGCGGACUCAUUAGAGCGGAUCCGUGCCAUUCUCAACGACACCAACUUUACAGACAUCAGCCAGCUUCCCGAGACAUGAUGUCACUUCCUCCUCACGACUCCAUCGUGCACAUCUAAACACACGCUCCACCUGUACCUCAGAUCUUCGGCCCGAGCUUGCAGGUCUUGGAGAAACACUACUGAUACUGACCUACUACUGCUAUCUGUCCA